GUCUCAACUACCUCUAUAAAACCCACAACUGAGGCUUCAACAACCACUCUAGAACCUACCACUGACGCAACAACAACUGCUAUAAUGACCACCUCUGAGGCCUCAACAACCGCCAUAGAACGUACCUCUGGGGCCUCAACAAUAACAUUGACAAAACCGUUUUCUGACCACUCAGCUGCAACUACAGAAGUUGUCUCUGUGGUGCCACAGUCUACUAUAAAACCCACUUCUGAAGCGUCAACGACGACUGUAGAAUAUACCACUGUGGCAACAAGUGGUGGUACAGAACCCAUUUCUGAGCCCCCAACGACCAUUAGAGAACCAACGUCUCAAGUGGCGACGACAACUAAAGAAACCACCUCCGACGAGCCAAUGGACACUACAGAAUUCACAGGUCUUUCUACAGCACCUAUCGAAUCGUCUACGAGUACAUUGUCAGUGACGGAACCGCUUUCAACUAUGAUAAUUACUACCGAAGCGGCAGCAUCAACAGAAGAACUAACCACGUCGACACCUUUAACGACAGUUAAAACAACCCUUCAACCGACGGCUACGACGCAACAAACUUCAAUUGGUAGAACAACAUCUUCAAUGGCGACGGUGCAGAUGACUGACCAGGGUUCAACAUCAAAAGACACGUCAACAAUCGUUAGCACCUAUCCUUCAACUAAGGAUAGUUCAACCGCAUUAACUACUCUGGACGUAUUGACUCAAACAUCUACAGUUUCAACGGAAGAAUCAACGCCGCAAGCAGCAACACAGUUAAGCACUGAGGCAUUUACAUCAGGAAGGUCUACUAGAUCUACGACCAUAGACAUUUCUACUACUGUAACAUCGCAGGUUACAACGUCAACGGAUAUAACAACACAAACGACUGGAAUGCAACCUACAACCACCAAACCCCCAAUGACAUCGGAAGGUGAAAGGAUGACUAAAACAGAAGCAUUAACAACGCUUAACACAGUACUUAUGACAGAUGCAACAACGAAACUGUCAACAACAGAGAUAAGAACCUCACAACCUCAAACAACAGCUACCACAAGGGCACGUCGCAGUACGACGUUGUUGAAAACGACAACAGAAGAGCAUACUACUGCGUUGCCAGAAACGUCAGCGAGUACGGAACAGCUGACUUCAUCGCAAAUGACUGCGCAGACUUUAACCUCGACAGGACGUAGGGCAACAACAAAACCUACAUCCUCUACCCUGGGGAAUGCAGUUACAACAAACUUUUUAACAACCACUUCCGACGGAGACCUUACAACAGAGAUGACAACAAAACCUACACUGUCAAUGUCAAGUACCGACUCUACUACAACAGGGAUCAAAACGUCACCUUCGUCUGAGGCAGUGUCUCUAACCGAUAUCACAACCAAAGUGCCAACAAAGUUUGCAACAAAAUCUGCAACAGGAGUCAGCACUGCAAGACCAACUCAGCCAUCCACAGUGGGCAUUUCCACCUCGACUUCCACAAAAACUGAGCGAGCAACAACUAUAGCUACAACUGUUGUGACAGCUCUAGCCACUACGGAGUCAGUGGCCACAACUGAACCCACCUCCAAGGCUUCAACGGCCACUACAGAACGUACCUCUAAGAUGUCAACUUCAGAGACCAUGGCAUCAGUACCAUCUACUGCAACAAUCCCCGAGACCACCAGCGAAGGAACGACUGGCCAAGUCACAACUGUAACAACGAAACCAGAAACGACAUUCACCACCGCUGGCCCUACCACACGGGCUUCUACCAUAUCAUCUACAGCAACACUGCCUCUUACAACGAGUGUACACACGUCAGAGCUAUUAACAACUGAAACAACGGCCAAAACAACUAGUCGUACAGCAAAGGUAUCAACCAUUGCUUCCACAACAACACCAUCCCAAGCAACAAGUGGGUUUACGACAGACCAGCACUCAACUGUAACAACAAAACUAGAGAUGACUGUACCAACCACUAGCCCUACGACAACAAUGGCAUCUACAACAACUAGGGAAACAACUGGUCCACGUACAACUUAUAGAACCGUCAUGGAAACAUUAGACACAACUACCGGUAUUACUACAACAAAAACCUCUACCAUGUUACCUACUGAAACAAUUCCAUUCACAACAUCAAGUGCAAAAACGUCCGGUCAGGUCACAACUGAAACGACCCAGCCAGAAACUACAACCAUAACUGCUAAGCCAACAACAAGGGAUUCUUCUAUAGCGUCCACCUCAACUAUGACACCCAUGACGAGUGACAUAACAUCUGACCAGAUUACAACUGAAACAACAGCCAAAACUGCUGGUCGUACAACUAGGCCAUCAACAAUAGCUUCCACAACAAGUAUUACAUCUCCAGCAACAAGUAAAGUUACAACAGACCAAUUCUCUACUUUACCAACAGCACCAGGGACGACUGUAUCAACCGCUAGUCCUACAACAGGGGUCUCUAUGAUAGCAUCAACUACAACAUUUACAACAAGGGCUUCUUCUAUAGCGUCCACCUCAACUCUGCCAUCAACGACAAGUGAAAUGACAUCUGGUCAGUUAAGAACUGAAACAACAGUCAAAACUACUGGUCGCAAAACGACCUCAACAAUGGCAUCUACUUCAGGACGACCAUCUGAAACAACGAGUAAAUCUACAACGGACCAGUUCUCAACUGUUACAGCAAAACCAGCAACGACUGUGCCAACUGCUAGUCUUACAACAAGGACCUCUACAAUAGCAUCCACUGAAACAACAAGGAAACCAACAACUGGUCCGCGGACAACUUAUAAAACCGUAUUAGAAACAUUAGGUACAACCCCUGGACCUACAACAAAGACUUCUACCAUGUUACGUACUGAGACAAUUCCAGUCACAACAUCGAGUGCAAAAACGUCCGGCCAGGUCACAACUGAAACAACACAACCAGAAACUACAGGCACCACUGCUAAGCCAACAACAAGGGUUUCUUCUAUAGCGUCUACCUCAACUAUGACACCCAUAACAAGUGACAUGACAUCUGGCCAGAUUACAACUGAGACAACGGUCAAAACCACCGGUCGUACAACUAGGGCAUCAACCAUUGCUUCCACAAGAAGAAUAACAUCUCCAGCAACAAGUAGAGUUAAAACAGACCAGUUCUCAACUGUUACAACAGCACUAGAGACGACUGUACCAACCACUAGUCCAACAACAGGAGUUUAUACAUCUACUUCAUCAAUACCAUUAACAACAAUGGCUUCUUCUACAGCGUCCACUUCAACUCUGCCAUCCACGACAAGUGAUAAGUUAACAACUGAAACAACUGUCAAAACCGAUAGUCGUACAACAACCUCAACAAUAGCAGCUACUUCAGGAAAAACAUCUGAAACAACAAGUAAAGCUACAAUGGGCCAGUUCUCAACUGUUACAGCAAAACAAGAAACGACUGUACCAACUGCUAGUCUCACAAAAACCUCUACACAAGCAGCUACUGAAACGACAAGGGAAACAAUUACUGGUCCGCGGACAACUCAUAAAACAGUGCUAGAAACACUACGCACUACUGCUGGGCCUAUAACAAAGAUGUCUACCAUCUUCAGUACGACAACAUUGCCAUUCACAAGAACUAGAGCAAAAACAUCCGGUCAGUUUACAACUGAAAUAACACAACCAGAAACUACAGCCACUACUACUAGUAUAACAACAAGGUCUUCAUCUAUAGCGUCUACCUCAACUAUGUUAUCCAUGACAAGUGAAAUGACAUCCAGCCAGUUCACAACUGAAACAACGCAAGCGGAAACGACAGCCAGCACUGUUAGUUCUACCUCAAUGGCUUCAUCCAUAGCAUCCACUGCAACACUGCCAUCUACAACGGAUAAAAUGACAUCUGAUCAAUUUACAACUGAAACAACAAUCAAAACCACUGGUCACACAACAAGGCCCUCCACUGUGGCUUCUACAACAAGAAUACUACCACACAUAUCAACUAGAAUUACAACAGGCCAUCUCUCUACUGUAACAACAGAACCAGGGACGACUGUACCAACCACUGGCUUUACAACAGGGACCUCUACAAUAGCAUCUACUGCAAGAAUACCAUCUACAACAACAAGGAAAACAACAACUGGUCAAAAGACAACCCAUAAAACUAUACUAGAAACAUUACGCACAACUGUUAGUUCUACUACAAGAGCUUCUACCAUCACGUCUACUGAAACAAUGCCAUUUACAACAACACGUGCUACAAUAUCUGGUCAGGUAACAACAGAAACAACAAAGCCAGAAACGACAAGAAAUGUGUCUACAAAAAGAGCGUCCUCCAUAGUAUCUACUGCAACAAUGCCAUUUACGACAACAGGUGCAGAAACGUCCGGCCAGAUAACAACAGAAACAACACAGCCAGAAACGACCAGAGAUGGUUCUACAACAAGAGCGUCCUCCAUAGCAUCCACUGCAACAACGCCAUUCACGGCAAUAAGUGAAUUGACCACAGGCCAGCUUUCUACUGAAACCGAACAAACGACGACGACCUCUCCAACUGCUAGUCCUGUUGUGUUCUCUACAGCAACAAGUGAAAUAACAACUGGAGAGUUUACAACGUUUACCACUGAACCAAGUACAACAGCCGAAACUGCUACUUCACGAAUGACUUCUACAGUAACACCAACUGCAACAAUGCCAUUUACAACAACCGACAGAAUGUCAACGACACCCCAGAUUACAACCCAUAGAACGGUACUGGAAACAUUGGCCACAACAGCUGAGCCAACAACAACAGCUGAGCCAACAACAACCGCUGAGCCUAUAACAACCGCUGAGCCUACAACGACCGCUGGGUCUACAACAACUUCUGGGCCUACAACGAGGGCUUCUACAGUACCAUCUACUGCAACGUUCCCGGCGACAACCACUGGGCCUACAACAACCGCUGAGCCUACAGCAACAGCUGAGCCUACAACACCCGCUGGGCCUACAACAACCGCUGGGCCUACAACAACCACUGGACCUACAACAACAGCUUGGCCUACAACAACAGCUGGGCCUACAAUAACAGCUGGGUCUACAACAACCGCUGGGCCUGCAACAACCGUUGAGCCUACAAUAACCGCUGAACCUACAACAACCGCUGGUUCUACAACAACCACUGGGCCCACAACAACCACUGGGCCAACAACACCUGCUGGGCCUACAACAACCACUGGGCCAACAACACCUGCUGGGCCUACGGCAACCACUCAGCCUACAACAACAGCUGGGCCUUCAUCAACCGCUGGGCCUACAACAACCGCUGAAUCUACAACAACCGCUGGGUCUGAAACAACAGCUGGACCUACAACAACCACUGGACCUACAAUAACAGCUGGGCCUACAACAACCGCUGAGCCUACAACAACAGCUGGGCCUACAACAACCGCUGAACCUACAACAACCGCUGGGUCUGCAACAACAGCUGGGCCUACAACAACCACUGGGCCAACAACACCUGCUGGGCCUACAACAACCACUGGGCCAACAACACAUGCUGGGCCUACAGCAACCACUCAGCCUACAACAACCGCUGGGUCUACAACAACCGCUGGGCCUUCAACAACCACUGGACCUACAAUAACCGCUGGGUCUACAACAACCGCUGGACCUACAACAACCGCUGGGUCUACAACAACAGCUGGGAUUACAACAACAGCUGGGUCUACAACAACCGCUGAGUCUACAACAACCGCUUAUACUGUAUUUAGCCCUUCUGGGAAUGAAUAUGCAAUAAACAUGGUCAUUAUCGUUUAA